CUGUCUACAGAUGACCGAGUCGCCAUUUUGAAAGGCAAACCGUUCACAGCACACCCGCCCUGAGUACUGGAACUAUGCCGCGGGGCCGGCCUCGCAAACUGAGAGUUAAAAGCAACGACGAAACAGAUCCCAGUGGCGCUAAGGCAGAUCAUUUUGGGGAAGAUGGAGAGCUCAAGAACAAGAAGUGUACAAUUUGCGCCCAGAUCUUUACCACGGAGAGCCAACUUCAGAAGCAUCUCCGCGAACAUGAAAUCAACGAUAAGCCUCAUCGAUGUGACCAGUGCCCGCAGACAUUCAACGUGGAGUUCAACCUCACACUGCACAGGUCCACGCACACAACCUCUGACUUCACAUGCCCCGUUUGCACUAAAAGAUUCUCCCGCAUCGCCAGCCUCAAGUCUCAUAUCAUGCUGCACGAGAAGGAGGAGAAUUUGAUCUGUGUGGAGUGCGGAGAUGAGUUCAUUCUUCAGAGCCAGCUGACCUUGCACUUGGAGGAGCACCGCAAAGAGCUGUCGGGAGUCAAGGUCUACACCUGCAAGAGCUGCGACAAAGAAUUCAAAACGUCCGCACACCUCAAGGAGCACAUGAAGAGCCACGUCAAGAUGAGGCCGCUCAGCUGUAGUUCCAGAAACUACAAGAAGAACAUCGACCGCAGCGCCUUCCAGAACAGCUGCCAUCACUGCGGAAAAGCCUUCAAAAAACCCAGUCAGCUGGUUAGGCACGUACGAAUACACACAGGUGAGAGACCCUAUAAGUGCUCACAUUGCGGGAAGGCUUUCAACCAGAAGGUGGUGCUGCAGACUCACAUGGUGCGGCACACCGGAGAGAAACCUCACCUCUGCAUGUUCUGCCCAGCCUCCUUCUCCCAGAAAGGAAACCUGCACUCCCACGUCCAGAGAGUUCACUCCGAGACUAAAGGUGUACCGCUGUUCCCAUGCAUGGACUGCAGCUGUGUGUUCAAGAAGCUGGGCAGUCUGAAUGCCCACAUCAGCAAGAUGCACAUCUCUGUGAUUGAGGUUCCCUCAGGCACUCCAGAGACAGAGAGCACAGGUCAGGGUCCCGGGGGGUCAGAGGCCGGCGAGGGGGUGACAGAUGUCAUCCAGCAGCUCCUGGAGCUGUCUGAGCAGGUCAGCGGGGACGCAGCGCAGCCCCAGCCUUCGGAGCCAGCUAUCGCCAUGGAAACUGCCAUUAACCAGGACAUCCUGCAGCAAGCUCUGGAGAACAGUGGGCUGAGUGUGGUCCAGCCGCAGAGCGACAACACAUCCAGAGAGAACCAGAGCACGGAGGGCAGAACCGGAGAGAGCAGGAGAGUUCAAAUUCACGACAAACCAUUCAGGGAAAAGAAAAGGAGCAUUUUCAAGAAACCCAUACAAAUGCCAGGCUCCAUCAGGGAGGAGAACGGCGUCCGCUGGCACGGCUGCCCGUACUGCUCCAAGGAGUUCAAGAAGCCCAGCGACCUUGUCCGCCACAUCCGCAUCCACACUCACGAGAAGCCUUUCAAGUGCAAACAGUGCUUCAGAGCGUUCGCUGUCAAGAGUACCCUCACAGCACACAUGAAAACGCACACAGGCGUCAAGGCCUUUGAGUGUCAGUGCUGCCUCAAGUGCUUUUCCACUUCUGGCAGCAUGAAGGUACACAUGCGUCUGCAUACAGGUGUACGUCCUUUUCCCUGUCCUCACUGUGACAAGAUCUUCCGCACAUCGGGCCACAGGAAAACACACAUUGCGUCUCACUUCAAAAGUUUACAGCAAAAGAAGCACAAGUUUCCUCGCAAAGCCAACAAAGCCAAAGUGUCCAAGAGUAACCUACCUCUGCCCGACAUCCCCCUGCAGGAACCCAUCCUCAUCACUGACUUUGGCCUCAUCCCAUCCCAAAACCCCCGUUUGGCCUUUCAACAAUACCUUGAUGUGGUGGGCAGUGACCGGCCAUACAAGUGCCAGUUCUGUAAUAAGGCCUACAAGAAAUCAAGCCAUCUGAAACAGCAUACCAGGUCUCAUACAGGAGAAAGGCCCUACAAGUGUCUGCAGUGCAGUCGGGGUUUUGCCUCCUCGGGAGUCCUCAAGGCUCACAUCAGGACCCACUCUGGUUUAAAGGCAUACAAGUGCCUGAUGUGCGACACCACAUUCACCACCAGCGGCAGCCUGCGACGUCACAUGACCACCCACAGUGACCUGCGACCCUACAUGUGCCCAUACUGCCAGAAGACCUUCAAGUCAUCUCCCAACUGCAGGAAGCACAUGAAGACACACAGGUAUGAAUUGGCCCAGCAGCUGCAGCCCCAGUCAUCAGAUGACCACUUAGGAGGGGGCACGGUGGACCAUGAAAUGCAGGUGGAAAUAGAGGGAGACUCACUCCAUCAACCACCUGCUACCUCAGAAGAGCAGCAAAGUAUGCUGGGACUGGAACAGACAGAGGUCGUGAAUGGAAGUCAAGAAGUGACCUUGGAGGUCCCCCUGACUGACCAGACCCUUGUACAAGGAGAAGAUUCGUAUGUGACCACCCAACAUGCUUUGCCUCAAAACAUCAGCCAGUUUGAGACACCAGCACUUCCUCAGCCUUCCUUUGACCAGCAAGCUCUAACACAAGGCUUCACCAUCACUGAAUCUAGCUACAGUCAGGCCCAUUUCUCCAGUGUCCAGCAGCUGCAGGACUCCAGCACCCUGGAGUCCCAGGCCCUGUCCUCCAGCUAUCACCCCCCCAACCUGCUCCACGUUUCCAGUGCUGAAGUGACAAAUGGACUUCUUCAGCAGAGCACUCAGGAUGAGCUUCAGCUGAGCACUGAAACACAGGACUACCAGGAUGACAGCGAGGACAACAGCAAGAGAGCCUACAGGUGCAAUUGGUGUAAUAAGGGCUUCAAAAAGUCAAGCCACCUGAAGCAGCACGUGCGCUCCCACACCGGGGAGAAACCCUACAGAUGUAAUCUCUGUGGACGAGCCUUUGUAUCAGCCGGAGUGCUAAAGUCCCACCUCAACACGCACACAGGAGUGAAGCCCUUUAAGUGUAAUGUCUGCGACGCCUCAUUCACCACCAACGGCAGCCUGAACCGCCACAUGAUCAUCCACAUCAAGUCUUUCAAAUGCUCCGUGUGUGAUGACAACUUCAGGACCAGCCUGCUGUGUAAAAAGCAUAUGAAGAAGGAACACGCUGUGGAGGAUCAGAUUAUGCGUCUGGAUGGAGAAGACAUUGAGGAAGAGGAGGAGGAGGAAGAAGAAGAAGAAGAAGAGGAUGAGGACGGGGAGCUGAAGUUAAAGAGGAAGGGUUUAGAAAUCAUCACAUUCACCGAGGAGCAGACGGCCGAGCUGGCGAAAGAUCCCGGCGAGGAGGCCUCGGUGUCGGAGCGGAUCCUCGCCCAGUCGGCUGCGGAGAGGGAUCGCAUCAGCGAGAUCAAAGACAAGGCCGUGGAGCUGGAGACAGAACCAAAGUUUGCCAACUGCUGCAAUUUCUGCCCCAAGAGCUUCAAGAAGCCCAGUGACCUCGUUAGGCAUAUUCGGAUCCACACGGGAGAAAGACCUUACAAGUGUGAUGAAUGUGGGAAGAGUUUUACAGUGAAAUCUACCCUGGAUUGCCACGUGAAGACACAUACAGGUCAGAAACUAUUCAGCUGUCACAUGUGCAACACCUCCUUCUCUACAAAGGGCAGCUUGAAGGUGCAUAUGCGCCUCCACACAGGCUCCAAGCCCUUCAAAUGUCCCUUCUGUGAACUACGAUUCAGAACUUCAGGCCACCGCAAAACCCACAUCCAGUGCCAUUUCCGUCCAAGCCUAGAAAGUCGCAGAUCCAAGCGGUCUGCCUUGUCCUCUGGUCAUGGUCAAGACCCAGGGAAUGGGCAGGCUCUGGGGCAGGGCCUGAGCCAGCAGUCAGCCGCUUUAGAUGCUCUUCAACCUGUGGGUCUGCUGCAAACUGGCAACUCUGACCCCAACAUGUACCUCCCUGCCAGCCAAGUCCUGACAGGGCAGUUUGACCAGAAUCUACUGCAACAGGGACUGGUGGGACAGGCCAUUUUACCUGCCUCUAUGUCAGCUGCAGGAGACCUGACGGUGUCCCUCCCAGAUGGCCUCACCACGCUGGAUGGCAUCCACCUGCAGCUGACUCCUGCCAACCUGGUGUGCCCCAACGUGCAGAUCUCUGGCAUUGACGCCAGCAACAUCAACAACAUCACACUACAGAUCGACCAUGCCCUCCUGCAGCAGACCUUUCAACAAGGUGGUCUCCUCUCUCAACCCCUGAGUGUUGACGCAAGCCUCAUCUCCCACUCUGGCAGCCAUCUCAUGUCCACCUCCGACCCCUCGGUGUCUGCCAAUGUGGUCCUCCACCCACUGACCAGCCUGGCCCUGCAGCCCUCCACCCUCACACAGGCCAUCCUCUCUGAGCAUGAUGCUACAGGUUCUCAGGACCUUAGCCAUGUCAUAAGCAGCUCAGGGCUGGUAUCCGGAGGCCCCGGCGGUCAGGAGAUCACGCUGACCAUCAACAACUCCAGCCUGUCUCAAGCCCUGGCACAGGUUCAUGCCCACGCUUCAGCUUCCAGCUCCAGCAAUGCAGCAGGAAACCCUCAGGAGAUCACGCUCACCAUAUCAGGCCAGGAUCUACUCCCCCAACACAGCCACUCUAAUGGAGUGGAGAUGAACGGCAGCAUCAGGCUCUCAUCACCACUCAGCAGCCAGCCCAACAGCACAACCCUGACUAUCAUCAAUGAACACCUCCUACCUCAGAUCCCCGCCAACUCUGGAAUGGCAGUCUCUAGCCUGCCAUGUAGCACCACCCUAUCGCAUAGUGCCGUGUCCCAGAGCCUAGUGAUGUCACCAGGAGGCGUGGCAGGUGAUGACAGCGUUACCCUGACCCUGGCAGAUGCUCAGGGUAUGCUGGAAGGUGUCACUCUAAACCUUAAUACGCAGGGUCAGACCUUUCCUGCAGUGCUGAAUGACCCAGGACAGCCAACCAGCUCAGGCCAGCAGGUUAUACUGGUCAGCCACCAUUCCCAAUCCACAAACGGAGCGUCUGACAAUGGAUACAAUAUUACUGACGAUGGCCAUAAGGGUGGGAAGGAUGGCCAGAUGGAGGCUGAUACUCGGAACCAGUGUUACUACUGCAAUGAGGCUUUCCAGAAUGCCAACACACUGCGGCGGCACUGCAGACAAGCUCACGGCAAGGACCGCUGUCACGUCUGCACUCUCUGUAACAAGGCCUUCAAGCGAGCUACGCACCUGAAGGAACAUGAACGAGUGCACCAGCCGGGGCCCCUCACCGCUCCCCAGAAACCCAGAGUCUUUAACUGCUCUUCCUGCGUGAAGGCCUUCGCCAAGCGCAGCCAGCUGGAGAGACACAACCGAACACACACAGGCGAGCGGCCCUUCAAGUGCAGUCAGUGCGACAAGGCCUUCAACCAGAAGAGUGCUCUGCAGGUCCACAUGGUCAAACACACUGGAAAGAAGCCCUUCAAGUGUGAGGUGUGCAGCAUCAGAUUCACCCAGAAGAGCAACAUGAAACACCACAUGAAGAGAUCCCACAGCUUCGGUCAGAUCCAUGAUGUGACCCUGGGCGAAGAAGAAUCAGCGUCUCAGGUGGAGGUGACGCCCGACCUCGACCUGGAGGUAGUUCCUGAAUCAUCCGGAGACUGGCACCAUGUCUUCCCCUGACAACCCCCCCCCAUUCACUGUUCAAACAGAAAAGCCUUGCCAAACAUUGUCCUCCUACCAAAAGGCUUAUUCGGUUAGAAAAAUAUUGAAGACUCCACUGUUUACCGUGGUAGCUGCCCCCGUUCUGUUCGUCCAAAUUAGCAGUGGAGUGAGGGGAGUCUGGUUCCCUGUGGUGGGCUUAAUGACUUUUAUCUGUUUUGCUCUGAUUGUCAUCAAUAUGAUAACCUCCGGAGAGCUUUAGCUCAACAAACAGAGAAUUCUCCAGAAGAAGCAGGUCCCUAUCGAGCUGACCCUAUUGGACGGAGAGGAAACUCGAUUCGGAGGAAAAGCUCCACAUGGACAAUUGUUUUUUUCAUUUUGUAUGUGCCCACAGGAACAAACAAAGCUACAAACAGCUAUGUCUACAAGAAUUGUGUCGCUUUUUUUACAUAUUUGUGCCGUACAUAUUUAUAUUUGAAGUAAAAGGUAAUUUGCCGUUUGUUACGUCGUUGUUGCACAUGUUGGUCGAGGUUCCCUGGAUCUUAUACGAGGUUUUUUGACUUGAUGUCAGUUUGUUGUCUUGUUCAUAUCUUUACAACUCACAGCACUGAUAUUUUCUUUUGCUGUUGUUCAUUCUGUAAAAAGUGUAUUUAGAUUGUUUAUAUUUUUUUGAUGAACUGCCAUAACAUGGAGUGUUUGGAAGUAUGUCAUUUGAACAUAAUGUUGCAUUUGUAUUGAAGCUAAGCCAAUGUACAGAUGCUUUUUUCCCUUCUUGUUUUUGCAGUUGAAUUUUCUAUUGUUCAUAAUAAAUUAAGAAGAUUAAAGUAAUUUUUCUACUAAUUU